CUGACUGAGUUUCCUGAGAGAGCGGGAGGGGUCGGCAAUCAUGUGACAGCGGGUUUCAGAGGAAGCGGCUGGAGCAGUAGGAACUACCUGCGGUAGAGGACAGCGGCGUCCUCGUCUGCCGGAGCCAGGUGUGGGGAUCGUCCCCGCUGGAGGAAGGGGCUCAUCAUGGCGGAUGAUUUGAAGAGAUUCCUCUACAAAAAAUUACCAAGUGUUGAAGGUCUUCAUGCCAUUGUAGUAUCAGACAGGGAUGGAGUGCCUGUUAUCAAAGUGGCAAAUGAUAACGCUCCAGAGCAUGCUUUGAGACCAGCUUUCCUCUCCACCUUUGCACUUGCAACAGACCAGGGCAGCAAACUGGGACUUUCAAAAAACAAAAGUAUCAUUUGCUACUACAACACAUACCAAGUAGUCCAGUUCAAUCGGUUACCAUUGGUGGUGAGUUUCAUAGCAAGCAGCAGUGCUAAUACUGGACUGAUUGUCAGCCUAGAAAAAGAACUUGCCCCAUUGUUUGAAGAGUUGAGACAGGUUGUGGAAGGUUCUUAACCUGACACUGGCCUGCCCUUGGCCGUAUUGUUGUGAUCCCAAUGUGUCCAGUCCAGCGACCUUGACAUCAUCAAGUAACGUGACUCCACACACUCAGAAAAGACAACUUCCCCCAACUUAGGCUGAAGAAGAAGAUUGUAUUUAUUACUUCCAAAUCGAAGGACUGUUGUGUUGGGUUUUAGUCUCGAUUCUUCUAUUGUAUGAUUUCUGGGGAGACACUAAAAUGGUUCUGUCUGUAUCACAGCUCCUAUGGAGUUUAACUCAGCCACCAAUUGGGGAUGAGAUUCUUAUCCAGUGGAUCAGAAUCAGAAUGGUCCCAUGAUCCAUAUGAGCCACCCAAAGCUCCCCUGUUGUGUACAGUCUGUACAGGCCUGCAGUAGAAGGCCUUGCUCUGUAUAUGCUACUGCUUUAUUGUGAAUAAUAGAGAACUUAUUUUUGUGUGUGCCAUGUUGUAGGUCUGCACUGAGUGAGAGGAAGACAGCCUCUAACAGCAGUAAUAAACCAGUACAAUCGCUAACUA